GAGAAUGUUCCGCACGAUAAAUCUGUCCAGCGAUAAAAACAGUCUGGUGAGCAGUAGCAGCAAGGCGGCAAUGACCACCACUACCACCAGCAGCCAGCUGGGGAAGAUGGGCCCAGAGGAGCUAGGAGAAUCUUGGAUUGAACUUUCGUCCAACACGAGCUCAAAUGGAGGUGGAGUAACAGCAAUGGCAAGCUCGGGAGUCGGCAACAUCGGCGGUAGCAACAAUCUCGUCCUCACCGGCGCCACGACGCUGGCCGGUACUGUUGGAACGAAGAGUCCCGACCGGACCACACCGUUGGCGUUUACUUCGGUCGAGGAGUAUAUAAGACUGCUGCGGGAGGCUCAGCGCGAAUCUAAGGAAUCAAGCCGAGUCGCAUCGCUGACGAGUUCGCGCAAGAAUUCACCCCGUGGAAGUCCCAAAUCACCUCCAAAUAGUCCAAACACCGAGCUGGCCGCCACCGAGGAAGAUCUCCGGAAUGUCUACAUCAACUAUGUGAACAAGGAUGGUGAUAUAGUGAAGGAUACCGACUGGGUAUGGGAUUGGAGCAGCCGUCCAGAUCAGCAACCUCCAAAAGACUGGAAAUUUGAACAUCCCAACCAAACGCAGGAAGAAAGAAACAAGCCGAUUCACGCCGGCUACUCAAUACGGCAGGUCCGCGUUGGGAAAAAUUCACUGUUCUCUCGGGAGUUUUUAUACUCCAUCGUACUGACGAACGUAUUAUCGCUUCUGCUUGGCGCAGGCAUUGGCGCUUGGCUACAGAAACGAGGACUGUUGCUAACCCGCAUCUCGAUUGAGUAAAAGGGAUGG